UGGUACCUGAAGAGCAAACCGAUAACAGCUGAGUUUGCACGAAGUGCCAUCCUUGCAGCUAAAAUUGAGGAAUUUAUCACGACGUUCAAUUCAACAAUAGCAGUUUCUAAAGUUAUAUGUAACCGUCGUAAACCAAUGCAAUAGUUGUCAUCUGUUGUUACGGCCGACAAAACAAAGGCAGGGGAGAAAUAUUACAUUACAUCAAACCCGGCAAACAAAGAGGUCCUUUUUUCAACGACAACAUUUUUCCUCCGUAUUCAAUAGUUAUGAGUCAUGUGGCCGUCGAAAAUGCCCACGGUCUAGAGCAGCAGCUUGCUGUCCUAGACUUGAGUGCAGCAGACGGACAAGGUGGAGGCCCUAACAGGCGAUACAUUCCUCCACAUUUACGGAACAACGAUGCUUCCAAAAAUGCAGGAAAUGCCUUUGCUGCUGGUCGACAAGGUGUCUUCACCAUGGCGCCUCCAGCCAACUAUGGUUGGGAUGGAGCACGCAACAACUUUGUCAACGGCUACCAUGACAACCGGAUGACCGCUAACACGUUCACUCGGGGCCCGCCUCGCUUGGAGCGAGGCCGAGGUGGAGCUGGGGGAGGUGGUUACCGUGGUAACCGGGGAGGAGCUUUCAACCCAAUCAACCCAACACAACCAUUGGGAUUUGGUGGCUAUGAAAAUAAAGAUGCAGGUGGUUGGAACACAGCUAAGGAUGCCUAUAACAGCUUUGGCAACAACCGAGGGAAAUCAGCAUUCUUCAAUGACAGAGGCAACACUAACAGAGGGAGGUUCGAUCAUGGUGGAUUUGGCGGUGGUGGAGGAGGAGGUGGAAACAGCCGCUGGGUGGAGGAGUCCAGAGACGAGGGAGACUGGUCCAAACCAACACCACGGAACGAGCGCCUUGAACAUGAGCUGUUCUCUGGCAGUAACACAGGCAUUAACUUUGAGAAAUAUGACGACAUUCCUGUUGAAGCCACAGGGCAGAACUGCCCUCACCACAUUGAGAGUUUUCAAGAUGUGGACAUGGGUGAGAUUAUCAUGGGAAACAUCGCUCUGAGUCGCUAUACCAGACCCACCCCUGUCCAGAAACAUGCCAUUCCUAUUAUCAAGUCAAAGAGAGACCUUAUGGCCUGCGCACAGACAGGCUCUGGGAAGACUGCAGCGUUCCUGCUGCCAAUUCUGAGCCAGAUCUACACUGAUGGACCAGGAGAAGCUCUUAAUGCAGCUAAAGCCUCUGGACAGGAGAUUGGGAAGUACGGGCGACGUAAACAGUACCCAAUCUCUCUGGUACUGGCUCCAACCAGAGAGCUGGCAUUACAAAUAUAUGAUGAAGCCAGGAAGUUUUCCUACCGGUCCAGAGUGCGUCCCUGUGUUGUGUAUGGAGGAGCAGAUAUUGGCCAGCAGAUCAGAGACCUUGAGAGAGGCUGCCAUCUGCUGGUGGCUACACCAGGAAGACUGGUGGACAUGAUGGAGAGAGGCAAGAUUGGACUGGACUACUGCAACUACCUGGUCCUGGAUGAGGCAGAUCGUAUGUUGGACAUGGGUUUUGAGCCGCAAAUAAGACGCAUCGUGGAACAAGACACUAUGCCACAUAAAGGCAUUCGACAAACCAUGAUGUUCAGUGCUACCUUUCCUAAAGAGAUCCAGAUACUGGCCAGGGAUUUCCUGGAGGAGUACAUCUUCCUGGCUGUAGGCAGAGUAGGUUCCACCUCAGAGAACAUCACUCAGAAAGUGGUGUGGGUGGAAGAGAGUGACAAGAGGUCUUUCCUCCUGGACCUGCUCAGUGCUACAGUUAUCCCCAGCGAGGUACAGGACAAUGCUGGAGACAACAUAGAGAAACCUGGUAAGGACUCGCUGACUCUGGUAUUCGUGGAGACCAAAAAGGGCGCUGAUGCCUUGGAGGACUUCCUGUACCGGGAGGGCUAUGCCUGUACCAGUAUCCAUGGUGACCGCUCCCAGCGAGACAGAGAGGAGGCCCUCAGCCAGUUCAGAUCAGGAAAAUGUCCUAUUCUGGUGGCCACAGCGGUCGCUGCUCGAGGUCUGGAUAUCUCCAAUGUGAAACACGUUAUUAACUUUGACCUGCCCAGUGACAUCGAGGAGUACGUCCACCGUAUAGGACGUACCGGACGAGUUGGAAACUUGGGGCUGGCCACAUCUUUCUUCAACGAUAAGAACGGGAACAUCACUAAAGACCUGCUGGACAUCCUGGUUGAGGCCAAACAGGAAGUUCCCUCAUGGCUCGAGAGCCUAGCCUAUGAACAUCAGCACAAGAGCAGCAACAGAGGGCGCUCCAAGAGGUUUGCUGGAGGUUUUGGAGCACGUGAUUACCGUCAAACAGCUGCUGGAUCCAGCACUGGGGGAUUUGGUGGACGCGGAGGUCGCAACCAGACAGGACAUGGAGGAACCCGUGGCUUUGGAGGAGGUGGUUUUGGCAACUUCUACACCAGUGACGGCUAUGGAGGCAACUACUCACAUUCUCAAGUUGACUGGUGGGGCAACUAGGUUCCUCCUCCCUCCAUCCCUCUUUCACUCAUUCAUCUUUUUUCUUCUCACUCGUACUCCUUCCUUUCCCCACACAGUGUUGUCUGCACUCCAUUUGUCCACACUAGGGAUGGGCAUUUCAAAUGAAAAGACCAAUCGAUAAUUACUUGAUAUUAGGGCUGCAACUAUUAUUUUCAUAAAUUAUUAAUCUAUUUAUAGUUUAUUGAUUAAUUCCAUUAGUUUUUCAGUCCAUUAUGUCAGAAACUUCAAAGUAAUGAUGUUCUCAAAUGUCUUAUUUUUUCCACAAAUCAAAAUCUUUCAGUUUUAAUAAUAACUACUUUGUUCUUUGGAGCAAAGAAACCAGAAAAUCUGAAAAAGCUGCUGAAGUUGGAAAAUCAUACAAACCGAUAAAUCGGUUAUCAAAAUAUAUAGAAAUAAUCGAUUCAUUUUAUUAAUCAAUUAGAGUUCUUGCAGCCUAUUUGGAAUUAGUCAAUAAUUUAUAAGAUGGGAGAUUAUGUAUUUAACACCAUAUAUUUCACGCCAUUUUAGUAAACUGUAUAUAGCAAUCCUUUGUUUAUUAAGACUUUUUCGCCAGAUGUUGCGUUCAAAUGUGUGCUCAGUUUUUUUUUCCGUGUUUUCUCACGUAAAGAGCAGAUGAGUCUUUAGAAAUUUGAUGCGUUCUGUGACUUCUCUCUGCCUGAGUGAAGUGGAACACUCUGCUCUAUGCAUAACUUAUGAUAACAGAGUUGCACAUAGAACUUUUUUUUAAAAACCUGCUGUAGUCUCUGACUCUGCAUGUUUCUCCUCACAGCACUGCAUGUUGGGAAACAACUGAACAAAAUGGCUGCUAGUGGCAUUAACCUAUGGAUUCUUUCAUAAUCCAGUGACUGUUUUGAAUGUUGGAAAACCAUGCCCAUCCCUAGUCCACUCCCCCUCCAAACCCCCAAAUAUCACAUGCAUGUUAUUGAACUAUUUAUACUCGUUUAUAUAGCCCUCCUUCCAUCCUUCUGUACUAAGAUAUUUUAGUUCCUCUUAAGAUUUUUGUGGUCCUUUCCACCUUCACCGUCAUUUGUACAGCGUUCCAUCUCUUUCUUUUUAUUUCUUAGUUGCUGUUUAAUCUCACCUCUUAAAACUGGCCACAAAUUGAAAACAUCCUUAUAUUUUAGUGGAUUAUUUUUCUUUACACCCAGCCACAUGUUUACUUCCAGUUAGCAGCGUCCCUUGGUUUGCCCUCUGAGGUAUGUCUGAAGAAAAAAAAAACCACUUAAAUUAAAAUAAUUUUAAUCCCCAAGAGAGAUAUACACAUGUGAUUUACAGGACAUGUGUAUGUGUGAAGUACUAGGGGAUAUCCUUUUUUAUUUUAAAAUUUGUCUUCAUUGUGUUUUUGUCUCUAUUCUCCCUGAAACUGUGUUCCUUCAUGUCAUAUUUAUGUAACAAAUGGCCGUGUAAAUCAGCAGCUAAGAGAAAUCUCUAAAAUAUAGCGCAGACAUAGGCAAGGUGUCACACAUAUGUCUGCAUAUAAAUUUGAAAAUGGAAACGGUCUCCUGUGCUGACAUGGCAGAUUCUUUAAGAGGCUCCACAGACAAAGCUAAAUGUCUUUUUCACCUUUUCAAAACAUGUACUGAAGUAUUGAUUUACUACGGUCUGAUAAAGAUGUCAGACCAAGUCUAGGAGCUGCAGGGCUGGCAGUCAUUUGAUGCCAUCAAACAAGAGUCAUAGGACUUGUGGUUGUUAAACUCGCGACCACAAAUGGCAUUUCUAUGUUUGGAACAAAACAAAAUGGAGGAUCAUUUGUUUCUGUACCGUGCCUUUCAGCAGUUGAACUUUGUUUCGUAUUCCCUUUGUUUUUAUUGCCAUAAAGCAUAACUGGCCAUAUGUAUCAGGCCAACUGUGACUAAAAAAAGUGUAUUUAAUGUCAUGUAUGGAUUCAGACAUGUUUUCUUUAUUUCUUUUUGGAAGGAAACAAACUAGGCUUGAACUAAAUCAAACCUUGGCAAAAAAAAAAAAAUCAAAGAAAAAAAAAAACUGUCAUGAGGAACCUCAAUGUUGUUCCUUAUCAGUCUAUUGGAGUUCAAAUUCAUCAGAAGGUCACCGACGAGCUGGUUCCCAACAGCACGUUGACCUGUAUGACACAUCUAUAGCUCUGGUUUGAGCUGGAGUUUGGGUUUCUCAAAACCAUCUUGUCACUAAUGAUUGGGUCAGAGAGCCACGGACGGAGUCUAUGGUGUAACUGUGCAGCAGCAGAUUAUGAUGUGAUUCACUUUCUGUUUACACACGUGUUCGGAAUAAAUGUAAUGAGGACGAUGAAUCGCCUGCAACGUUUUAGAUUGGAUGUUUGAUUGAAACUUUCCAAAUCUGUUGCAAUAAUAUCACUGUGUUUCUCAAAUUUUGAGAUGCUACAACAAUUAGGGCUGGGCAAUAUAUUGAUAUUUUAUCUAUAUUGUGAAAUGAGACAUAAGAUUUGGUCUUUGGAUAUCGUCGCAUCGUGAUAAGGCAUUUGUGAUGUUUUCCUGGUUUUAAAGGCUGUUGCACUGCUAAUCAUAUUUAUUGGUUAAAAUAAACAUGGAAUGGGCAAAAUUCUAACACAUGUAAAUAUCCUUCAUCAAACUGGAAUGAAAGCUAAUUUGUAUUUAGGAGUGUAUUUACAGUGUAUUGUCACAGAAAAACAUGUGUGCAGUUUUAUAAUCGGAUAUAUCUUAUAUAUUGGGAUAGCAUAGACUAUCCAGAUACUAUUUACAGCCUUACCUUUAUGCUUGAGCGAUCAUUGAUUGGAUUUAUAUCUAUCCCGAUAUUGAAUGAUGUACAAAAAUGGUUUUUACCCAUAUCGCCCAGCCUUAAUCUGCAAGUUUAAAAAUGAAAAAAAAAAAAAAACAAGUUACACAACUGCUGCUGAAAACAACACAUACCAAGUUUAACCAGUGACUGUGGAUGUUCUGCUGACUCUUAGUGCCACUAUGAUCUUGGGGAAAUCCGGCUCCACUUCCACCACAAACAUUACAACCCUUGUUUGCCAAAAGCUUCUUUCAAGGGGAAACACAACAAAAAAAAGCUAUAAUAGUUCAAAUUUUACUUGCUCACUCUAUCCUGGAAGUUAAAUGAAGAGUCUUCUCUAAAAUAAGUCAUUCCAGUUUAUUUGUUAGGUCUUAAAGAUCUGUUGAGAUCAGGGAUUCAUGUGAAGAACUGGACUAGCUGGCCUAAUCCUCUUUCACAGCAGCCACAGCUGGGGCUUGUGUUUGUUUUUUUUUGGGUAACGCCUUACCUCUAAAGCACAUUUUAAUCAUGUCAUAUCUUACUGUACUAUGACUAAACGCCUUCAACUACACCCAAUCUACUCAGCUCAGCUUUUUUAUCCCCUCUCUGCUUUUCUCAUGGACGACAUUGGCCGACAAUGAAAGCACUGAACCUCUCAGUGUGGCACAAGCUCGCACCAAAGUGCUGUGCCUUGACUGCUACUUCCACCUCCACUGUCCCAUUUUAUACUCGCCCAGCAUAGCACAGCACAGCAUGAUAGAGGACAGAUUAAAAGUGUGCUAGAUCUUUAAGGUCACGUGAUUUAAGGCUGUACACCUGCUUAGCCCCGCUCUGCUCUGCCAUGAAACCGGGCCACAAGGGGGCAGUUGACCUGCACCCAAGACUGGCGUCCAAGUUUAGUCCCAGCAUGAAAGUAAAAAGGAGAAACUCCACUGUACAUUUGGAAGCUUCAGUGGUAGAACUUCAAUCCCUCCACAAUCAGCAGCAGAUUAAAAAGAAAUCCCCUGCUGCCACCUGGUGGGGAAAAAUUGUUUAAUGUUUUUUUUUUUCAGAGUAUUAAUUUGUUUUGUUUACAUAAAUAACUUUAGUGACACGAAAAUGUAGAUGAAGUGUAAAUAGUUCAAAACGGAAAGAGAAGAAUCUCCAGUGAAUGUGAAUUUUGAAGUGUAAUAACACUUGAGGUGUCGAAGAUCUGUAAUCACUCAACUUUGGACCAUGCAGUGUCUGCUAAACUGAGUUCAGUGGGCAAUUUGGACAUGCUUACUACAUGUAUUUUCAAAAUGUGUGUUAUUACACACACACACAGACCAAUAUUGACUUUCCUCAAAUUGCCCACUGGCUUUGUCAAAUGACAAGGCUGGACCAAGACAACAGAAACAUAUGCAAGUGUUGUUGUUUUUUGGUCAAGGAGAUAAAAAUGCCAAACACAAUUCUACAGCAGGCUUUAGUUCGGUUAACAUUCAUCCCAUCGUUUUAUGAUUUUGACACCACUUCAUGAAGUCAGGUCAAUCUUGAAAUCUUAAAAUGUACCUCUAGAAACAGUUAAGUUUUUGUGUUAGUGUUACUUUUAUUUACAGAUGCAUAUCAGUCCCUUAGGUUUUAUAAAAAAAAAAAAACAACCAACUCUAACAUAUCAACCUUCCUGAAGAACCAAAAACAAGAAGUUAGCUUGUAUUUUCAUUCAACUAUUCAAGCUGGCUUAACGGUCAGAUUAACCGUUAUUGUAGCAGAAACAUUAUUUUCUCACUGUUGUUCAACUCAUAGCCUGAUAUAGACUUCUAUUGAUCACUUGUUAAAACUGGUGAUCAAACUGUUGACCAGAACUGUGUUUUGAGAUGUCCCAGUCAUUCAUUUAGUACUUUUAACCAAUUAGAGACUUUCUCUCAUGACACACUUUUUUGCGUUGGACGGUCUCCUUCUCAGACGUCGUAGAGGAACAAGCAGCAGGACGAUAGAAGAUAGAUGUUAGGAGGCAGUACUGCAAAUGACAAUCAUACAGGAAGGGUUUGAUUUGCUUAAAGCUCGUAGUUUAAAACUUGUAAUAGUCUUGGGGGACACUUUGAAAUGUAGAGCUUUUCUUGGCCAGCUGUCUCGUGGGCAGUUAUUUUAUAACUGUCUGUUUUUAAACCUGCACAUCCCAAAUGGAGAAGACUGGAGCUCUAGUUUCUCCACUUCUGUUACAUUUCACAGUAAUCGUCAUCUUCAUCUCCUUAUUGAAGUUGUUUCGGAACAGUUUGAAGCGCUAUUGUAGAAACGACCGAACUCGAUGCAGGGUCGGAGUCUACCUUUAAAUACUGACUGAAUGACGUGUUUGUAGCGCUUGCUCGUUUCGCCAGCCGACGCUGUUACAGAAGCCGCAUGCGAGAAGGAGCGUCUGUUACCACAAACUUAGCAUGCAGCUAGCGUUGUGUCUCUCUCUUUUGUUCCAAAUAAAGGAGAAACGUUUCGAGGAGCAAAGCACUAGAAUGACUCUGGUUGUGUGUGUGUAUGUGUGUGUAGACGUUGCUGUGCCUUCUAACAACCACUAGGGGGCAUAUACAAUCACGGUGAAGAAAUAAAUGUAUGAUGCUGGGUUCCAUUUGGAUCAGAACUCGGAAAUGGGAGUGACGUCACCCCCCUACCCCUCGGAAAUUCCGAGUUCAGACUAUAAUGGGACGCAUCAUACCUAGCUUGAUGACUGCUAGUAGUGUAGAUAGGACUAAAACAUUUUUGAGAUAUACAACAGGGAAUUUUGCGAAGAUCAGAGUUCAGUUUACCUCACUUUUUAUCUUGUGUGUAGAGCAAUCUUGUCAUGUCGUAGUGUUCAGAGUGCGCACAUAAAUAUGCAAUGUAUUUAGAUUAUAUCUAUCUAGCUGUAAUUACCUUUUGAUUUGCGUUUGGCGCAGUACUUCAAAUACCACUGUGCCCCUUCUUCACAAUGCCCACAAGGGGCACUAGACUUGACUUUGCCAUCACCAAGACUCAUUCAUUUCUUUCGGGCUGUUUCCUGUGUGUGCUCCGAUUGGAUUGAAGCACAAAAGAGCCCCGAAGUCUGACAUGUGCACGGUGCCUUGAAAUUACUGAUUCACUCAAGACAGACACAUUUUAUUCAUUAGGGCUGGGUAUUAGUCAGCAAAAUACCAAACGAUUACUAUAACUAAGUCACACACCUGCAAAAUUAGAGCUAAAUGUAGUAAAAAAGAAAAUUGAGGCUAAACAAUUUGAGUCAAAUAUCAUUGUGACAUAAAUAAUUACUGGCAAAACAAGAUAGUAAGAAAUAUUGCACAAAACAGAAAAGAUCUGGAACAUACAAUGAUUUAAGUAAUUAAUGUUAAAAAAAAUAACAAGGUUGUUUAGCCCAAAUAAAAACUACAUGGCAUUAAACACCGUCUCAACAUUUCUCUGCAGUCCUUCAAACGGAUUCAAAAACGUCUCAGGUAGAAGGUUUAACCGAGUAACUAAGGCUUAAAAAAAGACAUUUAACAUGUGUAUGAUAAUAAGCCACCUUGAUUUCCUUUUAUGAAAUGUUUUUUUUUGUUUUUGUUAUCCACAUGGAAACACCACUUUUUUUGAAAAAGGGUCCCAGAGUGGGAAAACCUCUUGUAGACAACCACGACUAUGCUUUGGGAAAACGAUGAUGUCAUAGCCCCACUUCCCCAGCUGUCGCUUAUCUUCCUCCUGUUGGUCUUUCGCUGUAUUUUAGCUUAUAUGUUCUUGCGUUAGUCGUCCUGGCUUUAAUUAUUCUCUUUCUGUGACUCUAUACAUUGUCGUGUCACGUGUUACAUACAUGCUCAGUGUCGUCUCGAUGUUGGCGUAUGUACUACAGCGUGUAGAGUCGGUUUCCAUGUGGAUGAAGUCGUUUGUUGUUCAUGUUGUGGAUCGAGCCUCAGUCACUUGUGUUCAAGUGUGUCUGACUUUCAGAAGAUUCCUCGUGACCCCUUUAACGUUAGCUUGGAGCAAGCGCGGUUUAUUUCCUCUGGAAUUAAACGCACACAAAUAAAUGAAUAAAUACUAAUAAUAAUAAAAAAAAAUCAGCACUUUAUUUUCUGGUUUUUGAAAACUUUUCAAAACCCUUUGAUGCCUUAAAAAUUCAAGGCUGAUACCCAGCCCUAAUGGAGCUUUCAGUGAAGUUGGUUACGCAGCAUGCAGUCAUAACCAUGGCGACAGAUGAACAGAUACUGGUACCACAGCAAAGGAUUCCGCGUCACGACGGUUGCCAGGAGGAAUAUUUUGAUAGUCUGUGAAUAAAUAUUGGUGCUAUGCUCCCGUUACUGGGGCCCGCAGGCCGCUCUGUUGUAGGAAGACUGAAAACACCAACAAGUUUUACUUAGUUUAACGUUAAGCUAAAGUCGCCUGUAGCACACGUCCUUCAGAACCUCUGAGGAGUAUGUAUGAGUGUGUGAGUGUUAGCACAGUGUUAGUCUCUACAGUACAGUUCAGUACACAGUGUGUGUGUGUGUGCGUGUGUGUGUGUGUGUGGGGAAAGGUUCUUCCAGAUAUAAAACGUUGUUUUUUUUUGUUUGUUUGUUUGUUUUUUAUUCUUAUUUUCCGGGACCAGGUGGAGUUCUAGUUGACAGCAAGUGUAGAAUUCAGCUGAUUGCACACAGUCCUCGAGUCUACUUUCCGCUGCUAGUUUGUGUAAUUUAUCGAGCAUUUCUGAGAAAUAUUUAUUUUUAUAAGCCUAAUACAAAAGUUGAUAUUUUACAAAGUGACUUGACCAAAAGACGAGAAAACAAAAACACUUGAAUGUUGAAUGUCAUUGGUAUGAGUGAAAAUUUCUAUUUUUCUGGGGUAGUGUGAGCUUUUUAAUGUUUAAAGAUGCAGCGCGUAGGGAUUUCUCUUUGGAUUUGUCACGGUAACAAACUUUAAUUAUACAAAUGUGAAGCUUUUAACAACAUUACUGUCACUGAAAAUACACCAUGUGCACAUCUUUGACACCACCCAGCCUUGAGAUUGCUAAAGUUUAAUACAGUAGGCUCUUUGCACGGCAGUCAUUUUAUUUAUCCCAAAUCUCUUGACAGUUUGUCAUGUUGCCCACUGAUUGAAGUCUAGUUUUUACUUUCCAACAUUUAAUUAUUUCCCAAAUUCUUGGAUCAGUGAACUGGGGCGACGUCGUCACCAUUCCCUUCUUUAUUUUACAGCAGUGUGUGAAGAUGUGCACGUGGCGUCGCAGCGCGCUGACGGUCAAUGUGAGCGUGACACACCAAGAGGAACAUCUACGGGUUCCCUUUAAAGUCACAUUUGACUCAGUAUCAGAUCCACAAACCUGUCUCAUGCGACAGGCUCCAUUGCCAACAAUGAUAAUCAUCCGUGAGCAGCCUUUUUUUUUUUUUUUUAAAUUGGGGAACAAAAUUUGAGACAAUACCACCAUGUAUGCCAAGGUUUGGAUUAAAAAUAAUAAUCAAACAAAAUAUUACGAACAAAGACCGUUUUUGUUAAAAAAGAAGAAAAAAAAAAACUCCGUACAAAAAAACGAGUGUCCAGAUUCUCUAAAGUCGUUUUUUUUUUUUCUUUUUCUCUUUUUUAUUUUGAGUCUUUACACUUUUCCUUCCCGUUGAGACCCUUUAUGUGACUUUUUCUGGCAAGUGGCGACCUUUAAAGUCUUCAUAACACAGAAUAAACUGUGGUUCUAUUGUUGUUGUGAUUUGCAUAUUUUCAGGCGUUGCGUUGAUGUUGUCGCUGUGGAGCUUCUGGCCAAUCAGAAAUGAGGAUCCAUCCUGCUGUCUUUUACACGAGUUUGACUUUUUUGUUUUUGCAACCUGCAGCUGAUCUGUGACUCAUUUAUAUUUGCAUUAAAAUAAUAGCGCUCUGCAGUUAUUUAGGUACAAAUGAACCGUAGCCUUCAAGAAAAACCUCUAUCACUGGUGAAUCAUGUGACACACAGGUUAUUUAUCAUAUUUUACUGCCUUUUGUGUGCUCAAAUGCAAACAAAUCAAUCAUAGCUCUUCUGGUGACUCGUCCAGAUGAAUUAAAUUCACAAAAAUACAAACACUCUGUGGCUUUAAUUCACUUUAAGUUUGAGUAUCUUUACAAAGUGGUCUAAAAUUUGAAACGUGUGUAGUCGUGUUUAGGAUAUUUUUUAGUUUUUUGUAAAGAGACUGAAGUGAAAUGAAGCCCAGUGUUGUCGUCGUCGUCGUCGUCCUCACUGAUUGGUCAGACUUCUCCAUGUGGACACAGAGCGGCACCCGUCUGGUAGUUAGCAUUUGCUUUAUGUAUUAGUUUAGCAGUUGUAUGUGCACGAAGAGAUGCACUGCACGAUGAAGAAGAAGAAGCAGAAGAAGAAAAAAAAAAAGUGCAUCUGUUCUGAUUUUACCACAAAUAAAGGUUUGGAUUUGCAAAUGUUA